AUGGGCAAGUUUAGGACUAUUGACUCAUUCUUCAAAAAAAUUGAAGACAGUAAUUCAGAAAAUAGUACACUUUUAGGUUUUAAUGUUGAAGCGUUAACUUCCAAUGAGCGUCCUUCCAAAUCUCCAAGAAUUGAUCCCAAAAAACAUCCUUCUAGACCGUCAGUGGUGGAAGUGGAACUUGAAGAAAUUCAUUUAAAAUUUUCACCAUUUAGUUCCAAUGAAGUUGAUGUUAGAAUUUUAAAACGAGAUCUAGGAGAGUGCAUUGAAAUGUAUAACUAUCUAGCCAAUAUACGUGAUGAAGUUAGACGUGCUUAUUUAAAAGCUAAACCAUAUCAAAUUCGUCUUUCAAACUAUCCAUUUUCUAGAGAAAAGCAUCCUCGUUGCUUUCAAGCUUCUUGGUUCACUCAAUUUUCUUCUUGGCUGGAGUAUUCUCCUACUAAAGAUGCUGCAUAUUGUCUGCCAUGUUAUCUCUUUACCAUGGAAAGAAGUAGAUGCCCUGGCUGUGAUGCAUUUACUUUCACAGGAUUUAGAAAUUGGAAAAAAGUCAAUAAUGGAAAGAAUUGUGCCUUUUUGAAUCAUGUUGGAGAAGAUCCUUGCUCACCCCACAACAAUGCUGUGAAAUAUUGUGAUGAUCUAUUGAAUGAAUUAGUGCAUAUAGAUAAAGUGAUGAAUGUGCAAAGUUCUGAACAAAUUCUAAAUAAUCAACUGCAGGUGAAAACUUCUAUUGAUACUGUUCGGUGGCUCACCUUUCAAGGGUGUCCUUUUAGAGGUCAUGAUGAAACCCUUCAAUCAAAAAACCGAGGAAAUUUCCUUGAGAUGAUUAGAAUUUUGGCAUCUUAUAAUGAUAAGGUUGCACAAGUUGUUUUGGAAAAUGCUCCUAAAUCUACUAAGUACACUUCACCUACAAUUCAGAAGGAGAUUCUGCAUGUUAUUGCAAGUAAAGUGCGGAGUAAGAUUCUUGAAGACAUUGGGGAUUCCAAAUUUUGUAUUAUUGUUGAUGAGUCACGUGAUGAGUCAAAGAGAGAGCAACUGGCUCUUGUUUUGAGAUUUGUUGACAAUGAUGGCUUUAUACAAGAACACUUCUUUGAUCUUUCUCAUGUUAAAGAAACUGUUGCAUUGACCCUGAAGAACGAAAUAUAUGCUAUUCUUUCUUGUCAUUGUCUUGACAUUCAAAAUAUUUGUGGACAAGGAUAUGACGGUGCUAGCAACAUGUGUGGUGAAUGGAAAGGAUUGCAAGCCUUAGUUCUUAAUGAUUGUCCUUAUGCAUACUAUGUGCAUUACUUUGCUCAUCGAUUACAAUUAGCAUUAGUUGCUGCAUCAAGAGAGGUAAUCCCUAUCCAUGAAUUCUUCUUGAAUUUAAAUUUCAUUAUCACUACAGUUGGUUCUUCUUGUAAAUGUAAUGAUGAACUAAGAGCUACUCAAGCUGCAGAAAUUGCUAGAAUGUUAGCUAUUGAUGAACUUGAAACAGGAACAGGAGCAAACCAAAUUGGAACUCUAAAACAGGCUGGAGAUUCUCGUUGGGGGUCUCAUUUUAAUUCUAUUUGUAGCCUAAUAAGGAUGUUUGGUCCAACUUGUUUGGUGCUUGAAAAUAUAAAGGAAGACGGGUCCACCUACUUGCAACGUGGAGAUGCAAAUGUAGCUCAUAAAAUGAUUAAUUCAUUUGAGUUUAUAUUUAGUUUACAUCUAAUGAAGGAAAUCAUGGGUAUUACUGAUGUUCUUUGUCAAGCUUUAAAGCAGAAAUCUCAAGACAUCUCAAAUGCCCAAAAUUUAGUUUCAACAACAAAGGCACUCAUCCAAAAUUUAAAAGUAGAUGGUUGGGAUAAUUUUCUUGAGAAUGUCAUAGGAUUCUCCAAAAUAUUUGAAAUUGAUAUUCCAAAUCUAAGUGCUCAAUAUGUUGAAGGUAGAAGUCGUAAGAAAAGGGAUCAUGUUACAGUGGAGCAUCAUUAUCAUUUUGAUAUAUUUAAUGCUACAAUAGAUGUUCAACUACAAGAGCUUGACAAUAGGUUUGGUGAACAACCAAUAGAACUCUUGACACUUUGCUCUGCUUUGGAUCCAAAGGAUGCUUACAAAUCCUUUAAUGUGGAUGAUAUAUGUUGUCUUGUUGAGAAAUAUUAUCCUCUUGAUUUUUCUGAGCGUGAUAGGACUAGUUUGAAAAUUCAAUUGAAGCUAUUUGAGCAUGAUGUGCAAAAUCAUUUGAAGUUUCAAAAUUUGUCAUCUAUGGCAGAAUUAUGUCGAAGGUUAGUAGAGAUAGAAAAGUCACAAGUAUAUCCUCUUAUUGAUCGAUUGAUUCGCCUUGUUUUGACUCUUCCAGUGUCCACAGCAACUGGUGAGCGAGCCUUUUCAGUUAUGAAAAUUGUUAAAACAAGACUGCGCAACAAAAUGGAGGACGAGUUUCUCUCAGAUAACUUAGUUGUCUACAUUGAAAAGGAAAUUGCUGAGAACUUCACUACUGACUCAAUAUUUGAUGACUUUAGAUCUCUUAAAGAGCGUAGGUUAUAG